ACGACUACCAGAGAUGCAGAAGCGGCAGCGGUGGUCUAGAAGUUCGGAUAAACUUUGGAAUGAUCGGAGACUACGACGACGACACCCACUUUUGUCUGAAAUGCCACACCACGAUCAUCGGACUUGACAACUACGUCAGUCACCGCAAAGCCGGAUGUUCCAAAAACGUGGUCGACAUCCCCAAGUCACCUUUGCCUAGUCAACUUCUCCCCCCUGAUGACUCCUUCAAUUUAAAAGCGGACGACUUCUUCUCGUCUUUGGAACUCCAAAGUAGCACCAAAAAACUGACUAACUCCACCUCGGGGAAAAAUUUGGGCAUCCUAACCCGAAGUAAGACGACAGCGGUAAUCCAAGCGUCCACUUCGCAGAAAGACAACCAAGAAAUCCCGCAAUCCAAAUCGGGAAAAAACGUCUGGAUUGGAGGCCACCAGUUGAAACUAGGUUACGGAGACAACCAGUCGAAGUUAAUUAAAGCCGUUGAUAAUUUGGAACGACGUAAAGAAGAACCUCCUAAAAUCACCGUGUACGAAGAAAGCGAUAUAGAUUCAGAAGACUACGAGUACGAUGUGGACGAAUCGUCGGAUGAGGACAACCAUGACGCGCCUCCCAGAAACCAUACUGGGGGAAAAUGGAAACCGUCGUCUCCGAUUCAGUGGCAACGACAAGACUGGAAUAUUCCUCCACCGAGUUACACGGGAGGCAAAUGGAAGCCGUCUAUCAAACGAACAUCGCCUCCUCCAUCUCACACUAAAGGAAAAUGGAAACCUUCAUACCCCCUCUCGCCUAAAGAAACCUACGAUUUUCCUCCACCAACGUUCACCGGGAGCAAAUGGAGUCAGUCCAAAGCACGUCAAGACUACGACGUGCCUCCUUCUAACCACACCAAAGGCAAAUGGAAACCAGACGACGAACCCAAAGACGAACCCUUGAAACCCAAGUCAAAAUUGAAGAAAGAUACAGAUAUUUUGCCACCUUCGUACACCAGCGGCAAGUGGAAACCGUCCACUUUAGACGCUCCCGCUCCAAACUACACCAAAGGAAAAUGGAUACCAUCUGUGGACAUCAAGAAGAAUUCGACCAAAAUUACAGACGAUUCUCCCUUUCGCAAAUCGAGUGGGACGGUUCAGUACUGGUGCCGUCCGUGCAAUCGCAGACUAGCAUCAAAGGUGGUCUACGAAAGACACCUGAAAUCGGAAUUACACUUCAAACGAACUUUACACGACAAAGAAUUUGACGAAAAUGUCGGAAUAGUGAGUGAAAAACGCAACAAAAAGAAAACUAUCGACGAAUCAAAUUUGAUUGAUGACGACACAACGACUAGCACGAAGAAACGCAAACGGAAAAAGAUUUUCCUCAGGUGUGAAGUUUGCAGCUCCAAAGUUAACCGAAACCUGAUGGGAAAACACUUAAUUUCUCACUAUCAUUGUCGAAAGGGUGACAUUUCCACAAAUGUUGCACGAAUGAUGGUUCUGGAACAUAUUGACGAUAUUAUUCUUCAAAGUCCGUUUCAGUGCGGUCUGUGCAAGUUUUAUUUUAACCACCACAAGGAUUUUUUGGAACACUGGCUUUCUGAGUAUCACGAGUCCAGAGCGGACUCUCAUGGUGGCUACUUCUGGUGUUCACUGUGUAAAUUUAGACACACUAGUAGUGCAGUCAUGUAUGAUCACCUAAUUUCCGAAGAACACGAGGUUGUAGUUUCCGUUAUUAAUCGAUCCGUGCCAAUCAUUGUCAAAAAGAUAACUCCAAUCAAGUGCGAAGAAUGCAACGAAGAGUUUUUAUUGAACAUCGCUUUGAAGCGACACUGCCAAAUUGAAAGACACACUUCCCAAAAUUUACUCACGAAUUUGAAUAAUUUGACUUGUGAGAAGUGUCAGCAGGUGUUUAGGUCUAACAUCUCUUUGAAACGUCACAAACAAAGAGCGCAUGGUGACAACGUGUUCAUUUGUACGGUUUGCAACAAAAAUUUCCUAAACAAAGACGAAGCAAGGGUUCAUAGAAACACAAGCGAACAUAGAUAUAGAAUUUUAGCCACGAAGAAACAAGACGAACGAAAGUGUGACUACUGUCCCGAAAUAUUUCAAAACCUGCCAGACCUCAAGGACCACCUUCGAACUAAACAUCCAGAAUUUAGUUUCAAGUGCGGCCACUGCGGAUCUUCCUUCACCCUAUCCCAAGAACUUUCAGUUCACCUACGAACCAAAUCCUGCACUUACAAAGAAAACUACGACAGUGCUGGCUCCUGCGACAAGUGUCCUUUUUCCUCAAACUCAACAUCAGAACUACUCUUCCACAAAGUUCUACACACUGAACCUUUAGUAAUAUUACCCGACGACAAAGACCCAAAAAAGAAACCCAUAGCACAAUACAAGUGUCCCCUUUGUGAUAAAUUUUUCGUAAAAGCGUCUCUGCAGCCGCAUUUACGCAUACACACCAAAGAAAGACCGUUUGUUUGUUCAAUUUGUAACAAAGGCUUCGUCAGAAAGAAUAACUGGAAGCUGCACGUCAGAAACCACGAACGCAAAAAAGAAAAGAAAUUGGAACAAAAGCAGAAUCAAGAAGCUAGAGGCAGUCGUCCGUUCCUCUGCUCGACUUGUGGUGCCAGUUUCGCAAAAAAAAAAAUUCUCCAGCAACACAUGAUCACGCAUUCCGGGAAACUGUGCAAGUGUCCGAAAUUGGGAUGCAUUUUUUCGGCGCGAAGCAUGGCGGAACUGAAGCACCAUUUCAAGACGCAUUCUGACGUGAAAAGCUUCUCGUGUGACAUUUGCGACUACAGAGGGAAAACGAAGCAACAACUGAAAAGCCAUUUAACUGUCCACGACCAGUCCAAGAAGUAUUCGUGCACCAAGUGCUCGUUUUCGGCGAGGACGCUGUGCCACUUGAAACGGCACAUCCGCCUACACACGGGCUCGAAGCCUUUCAACUGCCCGCAUUGCACUUACAAGUGCAACACCCUGGAAAACCUCCGCAAGCACAUUUUAUUGACGAACAAACACCCAGGCAAGUGCAUCUACGAGUGCAAAUUUUGCGAGAAUUCGGCCUUCCAGAGCAACUUCGCGAAGGAAUUUAAGGUUCAUCUGGUCGGUCAACAUCCACAGAUUUUCAAGACUGGCCGAGAAGCUACCAGUUUUAUCGCGGGAAUAUAUGAUGUGCAAGACGACCGCACGGAAUUUCCUGCGAUCAGCGAAGAUGAAGAAGAAGUGAUUGCAGAAAGCGAAAAAGACAGAAGUCAGCCCAAGGUAAUUAUCCUUCACCAGUCCCCCAUUCAAGUGAACAAGGAUCCGGUGGUGGCCGCCUCCAGCAGCAAGGACACCCCCGACGAGAUCUUCCCUAUGUACAUAGUGUCUAAAGACGACUCCGUUUCCGUGGACAAUCUAACGGAAUCGUGGAAUGUGGUCGGCAGCUAUGAUGUCGAGGAGUCCGGCGCUUUAGUUCCUUUCAACAGCGAUAAUGUCCUCUUCCAGGGACAUUUCUAGUAAUUUUAAUAAGCGCCCCGCCUGUGUAAUACAAAUAAAGUCGUUCGAACACAGAUUCGUUAAUUGAUAGUCGAAGAAAA